AUGAAAGCACCAAUUGCUGUCUCCCCAACUCAAAGAUGUUCCAAGCCUCAUUUAUCAAUAAGUGAACUGGCAGGGAAGUUGACAACUCGAGGAAAGUCUUCUGCAUCCGGGUGCAAGAACAUUAAGGUCAAAAACCGACGAAAACUUUACUUAGACGCACACCCUAGCUAUUUUACAUCCAGUGAUCUAGAACUUGCCGAUCCAUUACUGUAUGACAAAUGUAUACGAAAGUUUCAGACAUCGGUAGAGCGUGAAGCGGAUGGAAAGCAAAAGGGGUACUCCGGAGUUCUCGAGGCAGAUCUUUGGCGGAGUGAAGCCAAGAUUGCUAAAAUCGAAAAGUACCAAGAGAAUAUUGCUACCGCUAAUGCGUCAGAUAGAAGAUAUCUACAAAUAGCAAUCUUAGACGAAGAUGAAAAUAACAUCAAGACUAAAGAGGAGGGCUGGGAGAGAUGGCUGUAUGUCAUGACUUUACGCUUCCUGGACGGGGAAGACGAAGACUUUGAUUACAAGGAAGUAGAUGACAGCGAUGAAUGGGACUGGGUUGAGAGAAGAGAGAUGGAGGAAGCUUGGUUUGAUGCAGAAGAGCCAGAAUGGCUAAAUGAGGAUAACCGUCAAGAAGAUACUGGUAUUCAGGAUUUCUAA